GUUUGCAUCCGUAUAUAAUAUCAUCACACAAAGGUUUCGUCUUGUCACUUUAUUUCGCUUCAGCGUUGUUUUAUUUUUAUUUUCCCUGGGAUUUUAGCGACUUGAGGAAAUACCUUGAUUUUUGUAGAUUCUAUCCAUUAAUGGAAGACAACCAGCGAAGCAGAUUCAGAAAAAUUUGUGUUUUUUGCGGAAGCCACUCUGGUAACAGAGAAGUUUUCAGUGACGCCGCCAUCGAACUCGGCAAUGAACUCGUGAAGAGGAAGAUUGACUUGGUUUAUGGAGGAGGAAGCGUUGGGUUGAUGGGUCUUAUAUCCAGGAGAGUCUAUGAAGGUGGUUUCCAUGUUCUCGGGAUCAUUCCCAAAGCUUUGAUGCCAAUUGAAAUAUCAGGUGAGACUGUUGGAGAAGUAAGAGUUGUUGCAGAUAUGCACGAACGAAAAGCUGCAAUGGCGCAAGAAGCUGAGGCCUUCAUCGCGCUCCCUGGAGGUUAUGGAACAAUGGAGGAGCUGCUGGAGAUGAUAACAUGGUCACAACUUGGUAUCCAUAAGAAGACGGUUGGUCUAUUGAAUGUUGAUGGAUACUAUAACAAUUUGCUUGCUUUAUUUGAUACGGGCGUCGAAGAAGGUUUUAUCAAACCAGGCGCACGUAAUAUUGUGGUUUCUGCCCCAACAGCCAAAGAGCUUAUGGAGAAGAUGGAGGAAUAUACUCCUUCACAUAAGCAUGUUGCAUCGCACGAAAGCUGGAAAGCUGAACUCGGAGCUUACCCGGGACAACAAAGCAAGCCGCAAUAAGAAAGAACAUUAUUGUUAGCAUAUGCUACUUCCAUUUCAAGUUUAGUCUGAUUUAUUUGAAGGGAUCCACAAUGUGUAUAAGAAAACUCAAAUCUUGUUGCAAUUUGAAACAGCACAUUGGGUCCCCAAUUUGAAAGUGUU